AUGAGAAGCUUCGGGGCGAUCUCUGCCAUUUUGGCAUUCUGCCUUUCCUCCGCAGAAGCUAAUUCUGGACUGAAGUGGGUGACAUGGCCAGAAAAUGGGUCAAUCAAAUUCUCAACGCCCGCGGCACCACAAAGACUUGCCGUAGACGUCGUCGACUGCAUGAAGGUCGAUGUGAACUUCCCAGAGAACUUGGUGAAGGUAGAACUUCCAAGUGGAGAAUCUCUUGAACUGACCUCCGGCGAGCGCCUGCAGCCCAACGGAGGACAGCUGGUAGUGCUCUUCUCCAGCUUUGGCGGCCAAGGCCACGUCAUUGUCAAUGGGGAGGACGUUGCUGGUGGGUUCGACACUCGCAUGAGCAGUUUCGCCGUUCCUGAAUGCUUUAUUUCCAGGGUGCGCGUAACAAGUCCAGAUGGAGGGGAGCUGCCUUCGGAGAGCCUCGUUGCCAUAUCGGAGGAGAUCGUGAACAACUUCAAGAAGUCUUACGGCGCACAGUCCGUGAAUGUGGAGCAAUCGGCGUAA